AUGGCGGUGCUCACCUUCCAGGGCGAAGGCAUUGAACGGAUCUCUGAGGAGCGGUCUGAUGGCGGGGGUCGUUUGAUGGCGGAGAUCUCCUUCGUACGGCAGCAGCAGCUUGGCAGUGUGGCUCCGCGGGAUAUCACCUUCCACAAGUGGCUUUGUUCUACUCGAUGGCUUCAGCAGCAUUGGGGCUUUUCACAGCCACGUGUUCACAUCUACAUGUCUCGGACCUUCCCGGUGAUCCUCCUCUUUCUUCUCUCCGCUGGUGGAUAUGUCUACGUGAGCUCCGGAUGGGGCACGCUGGCGUGCUUCUGUGCGGGGGCUUUCUUGAACCUGCUCUCCGCAUGGAUUGGCGUGCGCACCGCUGUGCAGGGUACUUGUCGGUUGGCCACCGUGAUGGGGGAGAAUCUCUCUCGCUCGGUGCAGAUUGGAAUGUACACCGGAUCCAUCGGUGGCUUGCUGUCAACCUCCUUAGCUUUGGGAGGCAUGGCGGGCAUGUGGUUUUGGGCCUUAGACACCUCCCUGCUGUCGGGCUUUGGGUCCGGCGCAUGCUUGGUUUCCUUCUACCUCCGUGUGGGUGGAGGUAUUUUCUCCAAGGGUGCUGAGCUAGGUGGCGAUUUGGUGGGUGAGAUGAAUGAAUCAAAGGUGGACGAGGAGCGCCGGGUCUUCGAACUUCAGCAGCGGAUGGAGAGCAUGAAGAGAGCGCGCAAGGAACGCUUACAAAAAGGCUUGGAGGAUGACGAAGAAAACGCUUUGGAUGAGUUGCGGAUGCUGGAAGAAGAGAUGCACGACAUGUGCGCGGUCAUUUGUGACUUGACCGGCACCUGUGUGGACCUUUUCGUGGCUCGGCCCGUGAAAAAGGGCGAGCGGCGCGUGUGGAAUGAGUCCAUGGCCUUGAUUUUGAGCAGCUCCGCGAUGAUCGGCGCGAAGACCAGCAGCGUGCCGCACUUUCUGACCGGGCUCCCCUUUUGGAUUGUGGCUUCGGGCAACAUAGGAUGUUCACUGGCUGCCUGCAAGAUCCAUUGCACAGAGCGAUACAGUGCUCGAGCUAUCCGCUGGUCCUUGCGCCUGAGCCUGCUGGCGGUGAUCUUCUUCGUGCAGUUCGUUCAGAUUGGAGUCGGCUUUUUGGAAUGGGUGCACGGCAGCAUCACCUUCACCAUGUUUUGGCACUUUGUGGUGAUCUCUUUAGUCGGCCAGCUCUUGCCGGAGUUCUGCGUGAUCACCGGGGAGUACUUCACGUCACCCGACUAUUGGCCCAUUCGUUCGUUGGCCACCAACUCCACGAACGGCGUGGUGCAGGUGAUUCUGCAGGGCUUGGGCCAGGGCUUCUUAUCAACAGCCACACCAGCCAUACUCAUGGUCCUUGCGGUCAUCAUCACCUGGGGUUUGCAGGGGCACUAUGGCUUGGCCUUGUUGGCCUCGUCAUCAGUCAGCGGCACGGGAUUUCAGGGUAGCAUAGCAUCCUUCGGAGCUAUUGCCACCAAUGCACACAAACAAGUACACCUCACCACCUAUGAUUCUCUCAGCCGAAACCGUGGCUCGACGACUGAGAGAUUGGGACGAGAGACUGGAAGGAUGGGUCUUCCAUUGUUGACUCUUCGUGAUGGGAUUUCGCCUUCAAUAAGAGGAUGGUUUGACAUCUCCAGGUCUUGGGGGUUUGUCAUGUUUUGA